AAUAAGUUAUAAACGAGCUACCACUCACAGAGUAUAUCAUAAGACCUGUGAAAAUUGUCAUAUUGUCUUCGUUAUUACGAGUAUAUUUUAGUAGAUUGUCAGAAAAAAUUAUAGAAAAGAAGGUAGACAAAUUGAAAAUAAUAUCACAAAAUAUUCAAGAUGAUCACUGACGUACAACUUACUGUUUUCUGUAAUAUGCUUGGGAUCAUGUUAUUUUGUCUAGUAUUUCUAUUUCAUUACAUAAAUGCGAAUUAUUCAAAAUGAAUGAACAUAUUAUUUCAAUAAAUAAUAUAACAGUAUAUAGGUUAAUCGCAGAUUAUGCAGUCCAGCUAUUGCAUGAUAUACGAUGUAAAUCGUUUUAAUAAUAUAAUAUAACAUUGAAUAAAUUUUAUUCUUAUACUAUUCCUUCCCUGUGACAGCAUUAGUUACUUUUAUCGAUCUUCGACUGCGAAUACUAGUCUGUUACCGAACAUGCAGUUCUGUCAAAGUAAAAAAGUUUAAUUUCAACAUUUUUCAUUAUUUAUACAUUUCAUAUAUUUAUUUAUGAGUUUAAUACUGUGAAUAUAUUUAUCAUAUAAUAUUUUUAUUUAUUAAAGAUAAAUGUACUAGUAAAAGAAUUUACUUAUCUAUUAGCAUUUACUUCAUGCAUAACUCUUAUAGCUUAUAUUCUAAAACUGAAUUUCAGUUUAAGUUAAAUAUGAAAUCGACAUGCAUAAUAAUGAUGUUAAAGGCAACAAAUUGAGAAGUAUACUGAUAUAUGUAUAAGAUAGAAGAUAUUCAUAAAUAUUUUAUCCAAUAUAAUAAUCAUUACUAAGCUUAUUUUUCAUUCGUCUAUUUCUGAUCCUCUAAAAAUAUAUUUAAAUUUUUUAAUAUUUUGGAAAUAUUUUGAUUUUAUAUUCUUUUGACAAACAAAGACAACGGUAUAACAAAGACGACAAUGAUGAUAUAAGCAAGAAUGAAUCAAGAGCACAAAAACAAGGGUGGCACAUCAAAGCGAUGAAAGAAAAAGAACCUUUAUUUGAUUUUCACUUAUUGGAAGCCAUAAAUACGAGUUUAAAGCAAUAUUACGAAAGCGAAUCGUGUGUAGUAGGGGAUACAACUUUAAAUACGUUCGAAUAAAACAUUACUCGCGCUUCUUUAAAGGGGGAAUCGCGUUCUUAAUUUGCAUGAAAUACGCGAAUACAUUUUAGUUUGUAACCAUUCACGCGUUAAAGGAGAUAUACGAAAGGCAGUCUACGAACGUUUAUCAUUAAACGUGAAAAUAUAGAUAAUUUAAAAGUAUAGAUUAGUAAAUCUGAUAAAUCACGCAUUGAUCUUUUUCUUUUCGUUUUUAUUUUUCUUUUUUCUUUUCUUCUUUUUUUUAACACGUUAUUUUUGUGACACGUGAGUCAUGCUAAUCGCAUGGAAAUACAAGUGCAAGUUUAUAUACUUUCUAAAUUAUUAAUUAAAACGACGACAUAUUGAUGACGAUGAUAAAUAAUUACAUUUUUCGUUCAAUUCUUUUAUUGACGACUUCACUGAUAUACCAUCAUCUAUCAUCGCCCUUCGUGAAUGCCUUUCAAGUUGACGAUUGUCUGGCACUUUGUUCGAACGAGUUAUGUGAAAGUGCCUGUCGUCAUAAGAUAAAUGAGGAUGCGAAUGCAAACAUCAGUUUAAAAUGUAGAGGAAUGGAUUCUAUCAUGAUUAAGCAUAAUGUUGGAACAUAUAUUAUCGAGCAAAGUUCAAAGGAUCUUAUUUGGAAGACAGUAAAAAUUAGCGAUGGCAAAUUCUCGUCCUUUUCUGAUUUAGUAGCGAACACAUCUUAUCGAUUUCGUUUGAGUAGAUUAAUACGACAUGGUGUAUCUCGAUCAGAAGUAUCAGAUUGGUUUUCAACUUACGACAUUAGUUAUGUACCGAAGAAAGUUUCGAACGUGUCUUUGUUGAAAAUAGAAAUAGAUAAAACCGAUGUGUGUCGACUUUCUGCAGACAUUCGUUUCGAGCCAGCGGAUGAUUUGAGUUGCGAUUAUAAUAUUUUGUAUUGGCAGUACGAACAUGAUUUAAGACAUUUUGUAAUUCGAAAGGAUCCGACUUUUCGUUUCCAUCUUAAAAAUUUAGAAUUUGAUCGGAAUACAACGAUAUAUAUUUCCUCUGUGAACGGUGGCGAUCAGAAAUUCAGCGAUCAAACGACCUUAACAUUUGUCACACCUUCUUGUUUGGAAACACAUAAUAAUUUAAGGAUUUGCCCUCCGCAGAAGGUCGAAGGACUACGCGUAAUAGAUAUUUAUAAACAUGAUGGUCUUUACGAUGUUACCGUUAAUUGGGAUAAACCUAGCAAAGAACCGGAUAAUUAUACGAUUCAAUUGGAAACGUUUCGAGAAAAUAAAAUACUUCUAACGAUACCUGGGAAUGCAACUGAGGCUCAUUUUUUAAAUAUCAAAUUGGAGCAACAAUAUCAAGUUAGUAUUAUCGCUGAUUCCGUCGGUGGUUCUAGUCCGAUAUCUUGGAAGAUAAAUGAUUGUAGUGUACCGAUAGUAAAUGAAUACAGUCUUUAUCAAAAAAUCAUGAUAUCGUUAGCGAUUUUAAUGACGGUCUUGAUAUUGAUGAUAAUUUGCAUGUACCUGUGUAAACGAAGAGAAAAACUAUGUUGUAUACAAUAUACGAAUUUUCGGGUUUUGAAUCAAAAAGAAUUUCCUACAAAUACACUUAAAUUAUUGCAAGAAGAUAAGAAUGUGUCUAAAGAUGAAAAAGUUACUUUGCCAUUGGAUAAGUUUGAAUUAUCUCCGAAAAAAUUAAAAUUAAGAAAUAUUCUUGGAAUUGGUGCUUAUGGGAUCGUCAGACUUGGAACGCUUCAAGAUGAUUUCGGUAUUGUUAUUAACGUGGCAGUUAAAGGGCUUAAAGAUAAUCCAACUGUGGAUGAUAUAAAUAAUUUUUAUCAAGAAAUUCAGAUUAUGAAAUCAGCUGGUAAACAUCCAAAUAUAGUUUCAUUGAUUGGAUAUUGUACAAUAUAUAACAAACCAUUGCUGAUCGUGGAAUAUUGCUGCAACGGUGAUCUACAAACGUAUUUGAGAAAGAUAUGGAAAAAUACGAUGAAUGGUGUUUUCGAUCAUAAAUCCCAAUUUACAUUUGAACAAUGUUUUCAUAAUUAUGAAAAUGAUCAAGGUAAUCGAAUUGUUGAAAAUCGUUUAUAUGAUAUUCAACAAGAAUACGUAACCGCGAUCGAUUUAUUAAAUUUUGCAAGGCAAAUCGCUAAUGGAAUGGAAUUUUUAUCUACCAAUCGAAUAGUGCAUCGUGAUUUGGCUGCACGAAAUAUAUUGGUAUGCUCUGACAAUAUUGUCAAGAUUUCAGAUUUUGGUCUUAGUCGUGAUAUUUAUCAAGAAAAUGUUUACAAGAAAGAAGGAAGUGGUAAAUUGCCAUUAAAGUGGAUGGCGAUCGAGGCUUUGACGCAUCAAAUAUACACAACUCAUAGUGAUGUAUGGUCUUUCGGUAUUUUGUUGUGGGAAAUAGUUACAUUAGGUUGCACUCCAUAUCCUGAUGUACCUACGAAUAAUAUCUUGAAGCUUUUAAAAACAGGAUAUAGAAUGGAAAAACCUUCAAAUUGUGGAGAAAAUUUAUACAAUAUAAUGUAUUCUUGUUGGCAUCUUAGACCUCAAAGCAGGCCGACUUUUACGGAAUUGAAGAAAAAUCUAGAUACGUUACUUAAUAAUUGGACUGACAAUAAAUAUUUAAAUUUGAGUUAAAGAUCACAAAAAGUCAACAAAAAAAAAAGAAAAAUGAUCAGUGCUUUUUGAUGAGAUACUAAAGAAAAUUAUAUAAAUGAUUGAAUUAAUUCUCUUGUUAUCAUUAUAACAAGAAGGGAUAGAAUAACUAUUAUCAUCAAGUACUAAAGUCAUUACUAUGUAUUACCUUUUGAGAAAGUCAUACCAUGUGCAAAAUCAUUUAUUUCGUAAUUAUUUUUACGUACAAUAAUCUGUGAUAUAAUUCCUUAUACAUAUACGCGUGUAUAUGACUUUGUGUAUGAGAGAGCGCGAGUGUAUAUGUAUAGUGUUUAAUAAUAUUGUAUGUGUGUGUGUGUGUAUGUAUAUAUAUAUAUAUAUAUAUAUAUAUAUAUAUAUAUAUAUAUAUAUCUUUCAAUUUUAAUAACUCAAAUUUACAUUGACAGAAAGUAACUAACUGUAAGAUUUUUCUUCGUACUUCAUUUUCAAUCGUGCGAUUUUUAACAAUAUUAUACACAUAAUAUACGUCCUACCAUUUGAAGAUCUCAUUAUCAAUUAAUGAUGAUUAAUGUUUUCUUGACAAAAACAUUAAGAUUGAAGAGCCGAUUCUGAUCGUAGAGAAACGAUUGAUGCAUGAUAAAAGAUAAAAGCUAAGAAAGUGUACAAGGAACUCGAUUAUACGCAGAACAUCUUAUCUUAAAUACUUAAGAGAUAUAUAUCUGUACUGCAUCAGCUAGGCACAUUUUUGCUAUUGCGAGAGGAACUUUGCGUUUUUAUUUUUGAUAUUAAAAAAAAAAGACAAAAAAGGAAAAAAAAACAGAAAAAAAAUCCACGCGAAUCGACUCGUCAAUUUAAAGUAAAAAAUAGGAUUGAUUUAUUAGAUGACAAAUGAAAAAGUAACGUGUGUUUUUUUGAUGGUACCUUUUAAAGUACAGACAAAUAUUUUGGACAUAUUUUUUUUUUUAAUAUAUCGCUUUAUUACAAUAUACUAAUAAUUGAUAUGAAACAGAGAUCGUGUCUGAAUAUGGAACUAGAUCCAUCGGACAGAUCUUAUCACCAAUAGAAGAUAUCCCUCUUUUUUUUUGUACGCAUAGUUAGAGUUAUAUUUAAAGGAUAAUAUAAAAAGUUUAUAUAACUCAAAAUUUUUCAAAUGUUAAGAUGUUUUCCUGUUCGCAUUCAACGCAUCAAAAAGUUUUGUAACACGACCGAGAGAAGUAUAUCUUAUCUGUGAACAAUAGUUACAAUUAUUCUGUAAUCUUAUUUUUGUCCUUCCUUAAGACUAUGUACAGCUUACUUGGAAAAUUUCUUUAAUCGUUAGGCUUCAUGGGAUAUCUUUACGAUGCAACGAUUAUCUUUAUAAGUUCUACGAUAUACAGUUAAAAAUGUACAUUUUUUAUAUUAUUAAAAAAAAGAGUUAAGACAAAAAAUCAUACAUUACGAUAUAUCAAAGAAAUGUGAAGAGCAGUGUUCUCGUUUAUACUCAGGCUUUUUUCUCAUGGACUUUGUUUCGAAUAUAUUAUUAUAUUUCGGAAAUAUUAUAGAUCAAACAUAAUAAAUCAAUGUUCCAUAAAUUUACGUUGGUAUCUAAACAAUUAUAUUUAACGAUUAACGAGAAUACUUCGUAAUACUUAAACUGCGACUAUUCUGUAAAAAAUCGUUGAAGAAGACUCCAACACAAAUAUUAUAUUUUAUACAAAUAAUGGUGACGGUAAUAUGUAGUGAUAAUGGCCAUAAAAAUAAAUAUUAAUCAUGUACAA